UACACGUAGUAGAGUAGAGAGAGAGUGAGAGGCAUCUUCUUUUUAUGGCCAGAGAGCCAUCUCUUUCUCAUCGCCCCACCGCUGCCGAGGCCUCGGGCGAUCGAUCCGAUCCGAUCCGAUCCUCCCGUCGAUUCGAUCUCCGGCGCGAGCCGGUUUCGCCUCUCUCUCUGACUUUUCGUCGAACAUCGGGUGGGAGUGAGAGAAGAAGAGAGAGGUGAUGAGAAGGGCUUGCAAGAGAGGCCGGGGCUUCGGCCGCGGGAUCGUCCAGCUCUGGGACCGAGAGGUGGGCGAUGUCUCCCCGAGAUCCUUCGCCCGUCGCAUCGCGGCUGCCGAGGACCUUGUUCUGCGCUUUGGAAUCCAUAAAAAACUAGAGAAGCAUGGAGGUUGUGUGAAUACUGUUAGCUUCAAUGCAGAUGGUGAUAUUCUUGUGUCUGGUUCUGAUGACAGAAUGGUAAUUUUGUGGAAUUGGGAUGCUGGUCUUGUUAAAUUGUCCUUCCACUCAGGCCAUUCAAACAAUGUUUUUCAAGCAAAAUUCAUGCCAUACAUGGAGGAUCGGAUCAUUGUUACCUGUGCUGCAGAUGGGGAGGUGAGACAUGCUGAGAUACGUGAAGGUGGAAAGGUGUUGACUUCAUUGCUAGCCCAACAUGAAGGUCGGGCUCAUAAGUUAGCUAUUGAGCCCGGAAGCCCUUACAUAUUUUAUACCUGUGGUGAAGAUGGCCUAGUUCAACAUUUUGAUUUGAGAACAAAAUCUGCUACAAAGCUAUUUACAUGCAAAUCUUUUCCAGAUAGGUCGGAGUUUCAGCAAAGUGUUCAACUAAACACUAUUGCAAUAGAUCAAAGGAACCCCAAUUUUUUUGCAAUUGCAGGAACAGAUGAAUAUGCUCGAGUUUAUGACAUCCGCAAGUUCAAAUGGGAUGGAUCAACUGAUUGUGAUUGUCCAACCAACUGUUUCUGCCCACCACAUCUUAUUGGUGAUGGACAUGUUGGAAUAACAGGUUUGGCAUUCUCAGACCAGAGUGAGCUGCUGGCCUCAUACAAUGAUGAGCAGAUUUAUCUUUUCACUAAAGAUCAAGGUUUGGGACCCAACCCAGUACCUAAAUCACCAAAACCUGCUGCCAAGGACACUGAAACCAGAGAUGGGUCCCAAUCAUUUUCAUCAUCAUCCCCUGCUGAUGCAAAUCCGUCUGAACCUCAAGUAUACAAGGGACACCGUAACUCUGAGACUGUGAAGGGUGUGAGCUUUUUUGGUCCCAACUGUGAGUAUGUCACUAGUGGAUCAGACUGUGGCCGAAUCUUCAUUUGGAGGAAGAGAGAUGGGGAAUUGUUGCGUGUCAUGGAAGGGGACAAGUAUGUGGUGAAUUGCAUCGAACCUCAUCCAUAUGCUACCGUGAUUGCAAGUAGUGGCAUUGAGAAGGAUGUUAAGAUUUGGACUCCCAAUGCCCUGGAACCAGCUCUGCCAGUAAACAUGGAUGAGUUAAAGCGGCAUAAGAGAAGGAGCAGACUUUACCAGUUCUCAUUUCCAGAAGACAUGAUAACACAGGUGUUGGCACUGCAGAGGCGACGAUCUAACUCGGGACACCGUGGUGAAGACUGGCCUGGUAAUGCUGACCUGAUGAAUCUUAUAAUGCAUUUGACCGAUGGAAAUAGUUCUUCUGAUGAGAAUGGAGAUUCAUCUGGGAAUCCAGCGGAUUGUAUAGUCAACUGAAUCAUGCAUUUACCAUGAACAGAAACUCUAAGAAAACUGUACAUAUGAAUAAAUUAUACUUUUUUGCUUUGAGACUAUUUAAACUUUUCUUAUUUAAUAGUUAUUUCUAUCCUUACAUC